AUGACUACCGGCAGGAAUAACCGUGUGAUGAUGGAAGGAGUUGGUGCGAGAGUGAUCCGUGGACCCGAUUGGAAAUGGGGGAAACAGGAUGGUGGAGAGGGACAUGUCGGCACCGUCAGGAGUUUUGAAAGUCCGGAAGAAGUGGUUGUUGUCUGGGAUAACGGGACUGCGGCCAACUACCGGUGCUCUGGUGCAUACGACGUGAGGAUAUUUGACAGUGCUCCUACAGGUAAUGUUGCCCUUCUGGUUCUGUGAUCCCUAAACAUCUUGUAUCCUGUUUUGUUCGUGUUUCAAUUAGCUUAUGCAUUUGAGUGUAGAUAUGUACGCUACACAGUUAUUUGGCUACCACGUUUCAAGUAUUGUAAUGCAUCAAGCGUGUUAGCUACAUGGAAGCGGCUAGUAAGUAAGCUGAACUCCAUACAUAUAAUAUGGAGUUGAGUUUAUUCAAAUAAGCACCUUUGAUUAGAAAUAGGCCAUAACGGGCUGCGAUAUCAUUAAAGUAAAGAGUAAAUAACUUUUCACUGUGAAAGUUUAGCCCUAGUCCCUAAAGCAUGCCCACUUUUAUACUGAACAAAAAUAUAAACGCAACAUCCAACAAUUUCAAAGGUUUGAGUUAGACUGUUACAGUUAAAACAGCUCAUAUAAGGAAAUCAGUCAAUUGAAAUCAAUUCAUUAGGCCCUAAUCUAUGGAUCUAAUCAUCUUGUGUCCCCAGCACAAGGUGCACCUGUGUAAUGAUCAUGCUGUUUAAUCAUCUUCUUGAUAUGCCACACUUGUCAGGUAGAUGGAUUGUCUUGGCAAAGGAGAAACACUCACCAACAGGGAUGUAAACAAAUUUGGGCACAACAUUUGAGAGAGAAGCUUAUUGUGCGUAUGGACAUUUUUUGGGAUCUUUUAUUUCAGCUCAUGUAACAUGGGACCAACACUUUACAUGUUGUGUUUAUAUUUUUGUUCAGUGUAUUUAGUGUUAGUGAAUGAUGGUAUAAAGAUGGCAAGUUGAGUGACCCCAGAUCCUCGGGCAGAGGGAUAAUUUCUUAACACGUCAAAUUAAAUCAAGUCAUAAUUGAAUUGAUUUGACGUGACACCUCUGUCCUCUAACAGUUUCCUAACUGCCUUGUUAACACUCCCUCUCAGGUAUCAAGCAUGACGGCACCAUGUGCGACACCUGUCGUCAGCAGCCUAUCAUCGGGAUCCGCUGGAAGUGUGCCGAAUGCAACAACUAUGACCUCUGCACCACCUGUUACCACGGAGACAAGCACCACUUGCGACAUCGCUUCUACAGGAUCACUACCCCAGGUAGCGAGAGGUGAGUACUGUCCGCUGCCCCGUGAAGCCAAUGGUUGCGUUCCAGGACAUAUUUAAUGCAGUCAUGUUUCGCGUUGUGAGAUCUGGGGUGUAUUCCUUAAGCAGAUUCGGUUGCAAAACGUUUUGCAACCGAGAGUUUACUCCAAACGGAAAACAUUUUACAACAAAAGCAAGAGUCCCUCCAUGUUUCAUUCCGUUUGCUCUGUUUGCUUCCGUUUGGUUUUUAAACUGUAAACGGCUUCCGUUGCAAGAUGUAAUGAAUGCACCUCUAAUUAUCUGCACAAUAUGACCGCAACAAAGGUAACGGAACACACGCCCAAUGCGUAGGGAUGCUUUUUAUCAACUCAGUCCCACCACUAUGACAGAAUCUAUGGUUUAGUGAUGAGUUUAAUGAUAACAGUUCUGAUCUUCAUCCUUUGGUUGGUUAUAUUGAGGGACCCACCCAUUUUACCCUCCAUUCUGAUGUUUUCUGUUCCUACCUGGCUGUCUCUCUGUGAUAUUUGAGAAGUUCCUGAGCCCAGCCUCAUAGGCAGACUCAACAUGUGGCAACCGAUCCUGUCUCUCUGUUGCCAGGCGACUGCUCAGCCUCUAUUUCAGAAGCAGUGAUGUUGUUGGGGCCUCCGCCAAUCCCAUGUUACUGGCCAUGUGUCUGUUUUUUAUUUAAAUUAAAUUUUCAUUUAACCUUUAUUUAACUAGGCAAGUCAGUUAAGAACAAAUUCUUAUUUACAAUGACGGCCUACACCGGCCAAACCCGGACGACGCUGGGACAGUUCUAUCUGCUUCCAUUGAAGAUUUACAAGUAAAAUACCAAGCACAAUUUCCAAAUCAAAACAACAAACCUGUCACACACACACACAUAUAUAUAUAUAUAUAUAUAUAUAUAUAUAUAUAUAUAUAUAUAUAUAUAUAUAUAUAUAUUAUUUAUUUCAACUCCUAACAUUUAAUCAUAGUAAAAAUUCCCUGUUUUAGGCCAGUUAGGAUCACCACUUUAUUUUAAGAAUGUGAAAUGUCAGAAUAAUAGUACAGAGAAUUAUUUAUUUCAACUUUGAUUUCUUACAUCACAUUCCCAGUGGGUCAGAGGUUUACAUACACUCGAUUAGUAUUUGGUAGCAUUGCCUUUAAAUUGUUUAACUUGGGUCAAACGUUUCGGGUAGCCUUCCACAAGCUUCCCACAAUAAGUUGGGUGAAUUUUGUCCCAUUCCUCCUGACAGAGCUGGUGUAACUGAGUCAGGUUUGUAGGCCUCCUUGCUCGCAAACGUUUUUUCAGUUCUGCCCACAAAUGUUUUAUAGUAUUGAGGUCAGGGCUUUGUGAUGGCCACCCCAAUACCUUGACUUUGUUGUCCUUAAGCCAUUUUGCCACAACUUUGGAAGUGUGCUUGGGGUCAUUGUCCAUUUGGAAGACCCAUUUGCGACCAAGCUUUAACUUCCUGACUGAUGUCUUGAGAUGUUGCUUCAAUAUAUCCACAUAAUUUUCCUUCCUCAUGAUGCCAUCUAUUUUGUGAAGUGCACCUGUCCCUCGUGCAGCAAAGCACCCCCACAGCAUGAUGCUGCCACCCCCGUGCUUCACGGAUGGGAUGGUGUUCUUCGGCUUGCAAGCAACCCGCUUUUUCCUCCAAACAUAACGAUGGUCAUUAUGGCCAAACAGUUCUAUUUUGGUUUCAUCAGACCAGAGGACAUUUCUCCAAAGAGUACGAUCUUUGUCCCCAUGUGCAGUUGCAAACCGUAGUCUGGCUUUUAUAUGGCUGUUUUGGAGCAGCUGUGCAGCCUUGCAGGUUAUGUCGAUAUAGGACUCGUUUUACUGUGGAUAUAGAUACUUUUGUACCUGUUUCCUCCAGCAUCUUCACAAGGUCCUUUGCUGCUGUUCUGGGAUUGAUUUGCACUUUUCGCACCAAAGUACGUUCAUCUCUAGGAGACAGAAUGCGUCUCCUUCCUGAGCGGUAUGACGGCUGCGUGGUCCCAUGGGGUUUAUACUUGCGUACUAUUGUUUGUACAGAUUAACGAGGUACCUUCAGGCGUUUGGAAAUUGCUCCCAAGGAUGAACCAGACUUGUGGAGGUCUACAAUUUUGUUUCUGAGGUCUUGGCUGAUUUUCUUUUGAUUUUCCAAUGAUGUUGAGCAAAGAGGCACUGAGUUUGAAGGUAGGCCUUGAAAUACAUCCACAGGUACAUCCACAUGUCCUUACCGACUUGCCAAAACUAUAGUUUGUUAACAAGAAAUUUGUGGAGUGGUUGAAAAACAAGUUUUAAUGACUCCAACCUAAGUGUAUGUAAACUUACGACUUCAACUGUAUAUGUAUAUAUGUGUGUGUAUGUGUAUAUGUAUAUAUGUAUGUGUGUGUGUGUGUGUGUGUGUGUAUAAUAUAUGUGUGUGUGUAUGCGCGCCAAUCUCAGUUAAGUAAUCCACUGCAGAGGCCUAGACUAAAAGGCAAUUAAUGCUUGAUCCGAAAAUGUGGUCGGAGGCUGCAUAUGGAGGGUGUGACGCAAUUGCGGAGCCUCCAGAGGCAUGCAGAGGCCAAAUCGAGCUCAGUACUGCAUGGCCAUGCGCCUCCCACAUUUUAUUAACAAUGCGGAGGGCUCUGUAUAGCUCCGCAUUGACAUGAUUGGUUGACGGUAGGUGGGGGUUCCUUGACAACUUCCUUCACGACAGCUCUGCACUGCUCAGCGAAGCGCAAGAAGUAUGAAUGCCCUGAUUUCUGCUGAUGCCGUAUCACUGUCAGAUUGACCAUGUGCCCAUAAACAUAAUGCACUUCUCUCUCCAGAAUGCGCUCUCUCCCGCCAAUUUGUGCACAUUCAUUGUUUCAUAGCUUCAUUGUGUGAAUUGUUAGUGUAUAUCAAUUCCCCAUGAUAUAUAUCACAAGUAGUACAUUUACCGUUAAUGCCUAUAAUAGUUUUUUACAUUUUAGUCAUUUAGCAGACGCUCUUAUCCAGAGCGACUUACAAUUAGUGAGUGCAUACAUUUUUCAUACUGGCACCCCUUGGGAAUAAUUUCUAAUCUACAAUCUUUGUUACUUUGGUUACAGUAAUUUUUGUUAAUGCAUUUCAUAUUAUUAUUCUAGUGUUACCGUUGUCAUUGUUGGAGUGGACAGAUUGUUUGCAGCGCGCACAACCUAUGCUACACUUGUGAAUAACAUAUUUUGGUUGAUUUCAUUCCAUUUACGAGUUGUCAAUUUAGUCGUCUUUUAUUUGGAGCACUCCUGUCAAUGUUGAGUAAGUACGCACAAGCAUAGAAGUAGGCCUAUAGGCUGCCUGGCCUGCGCGCAAAUGUAGGCAUAUAAAUGUGCCCAUUUGGGGAUCUGCUAGUAUUUCUGAUUGGCUUAACGCACCACCACUAAUGAGCUGUGGAGCUUCUCAAAGUAAUAUUUUCUUCACUUAAACAGCAAGCAAACAAAGUCUGUUUUAACAUCCACUGAGAAUGACAAUAAUUCCUCAAUGUAUUUGAUAACCACUCGGCGUGAAAGGGGAAAAUGUCAUGAUCUGAUCCAGUGGAAACGUCAUAAAAUAGGCCUACCUGGGCUCCCGAGUGGCGCAGCGGUCUAAGGCACUGCAUCUCAGUGCUUGAGGCGUCACUACAGACCCCCUGGUUCGAUUCCAGGCUGUAUCACAACCGGCCGUGAUUGGGAGUCCCAUAGGGCGGCGCACAAUUGGCCCAGCGUCGUCCGGGUUUGGCCGGUGUAGGCCGUCCAUUGUAAAUAAGAAUUUGUUCUUAACUGACUUGCCUAGGUAAAUAAAGGUUAAAUAAAAUAAAAUACUUCUGGACUGAAAUAGGUUCAGGUACUCAUUUUGGGUGCUGGUAUUGUUUAUAUUUAGGUGCAGGAGCGCCACAAUACAUUUGAGCUAAUACUCUAUAAGAGGAAUAGAACAUUUAAGGUUCUGGUACUCCGCUCCGGUGAGCUCCUGCCCAAGUCAAGCACAACUUCUUAUCCCUUGCGUAAAUGGCCUACAGCUGUCUGUCCCGAGCUCACUGGCGCAGGAAACUCUCAGGGCCCAGAAUUUUUUAAACAAUGUUGCGUGUUUGCUAGCACAAGCAUCAGGCCAGACCCAAGUUAAUAAUUGAUAGAAUGUUUCAAGUUCGUUGCAGACAUGCCAUGCAUAGGCAAUGUGAUUUAUAAGAUAUUUAUUUUUAUUAGAAUAUUUCUACCUGCAAGUUUUUAUAUGUUAGCUUUAUAAAGCGUCAGACAAGCUGAAAGCAUAUAGUCCAUUUUAGUUAAAAACAUAGGGUUUGUCUAUAUAUGUAAAAAUACACGUUUAAAAAUGUAGACUAAUCAAUUGGUCGAAAGAAAAAACGACUUUCGGUCGACCAAUUUUAUUUUAUUUUAUUGGGGACAGCCCCACAUUGCGAACAGUAUGUUUGCUUGCCAUAGCAGUCACUCCAUCCGCUUCAAGCCCUUUGUGAGAUUCAAAGGGACAAACCAAACGCAUGGCGCAACAGCUGGCACCUUUUCAAGGACGUGUAACCUCAGUUCCCCUGAGACAGUUAUUGCAUGGCUGCAAACAAAGGCAGCAGGGGGGUCCCCCCCCCCACAGACACUGCUCUGAACUGAAGGCAUGGUGGACUGUUUUGUUAUGCCACAUUAGAUUCUUUCACGGACUGUGGGAGGGGGCGGGGGGAGUGUCCCCAAGACAGCAGUCUGUUUGCGUUGGUUAGGCCUACAGUGUCCAGCUGCUCUGUCUUGUUGUCUAGCCUCCAGGACUCUACUGUGGUUAGUUAGACCACUGCCAAGUAAUUUAUGAGGCUGUGGCUUCUCUCUUUACCAAUUACCAAUAAAGGAGCCUGGAUGCAUGAGUCGUCAGUCAAGUAAUGGCAAUGCUAUGGAACAGACAUUCUCAUGAUACAUGGUACUAUACUUUUCCAUAGUAUUGUAUGCUGUUCAUUCUGUUAGUUAACUCUCAUUAGACAAACAAAGUGUGCAAUGGAUAACCCAGGAUGACCCAGAGUCUGAAAGAUGCAUGCCAGCAACUAAUGAAUCAAUGUACACUAUAUAUACAAAAGUAUGAUGACUACCCUUCAAAAUAGUGGAUUUUGCUAGUUCAGCCACACCUGUUGCUGACAGGUGUAUAAAAUCGAACACACAGCCAUGCAAUCUCCAUAGACAAACACUGGCAAUAGACGGCCUUACUGAAGAGCUCCGUGACUUUCAACGUGGCACCGUCAAAGGAUGCCACCUUUCCAAGUCAGUUCGUCUCAUUUCUGCGCUGCUAGAGCUGCCCCGGUCAACUGUAAGUGCUGUUAUUAUGAAGUGGAAAUGUCUAGGAGCAACAACGGCUCAGCCGCAAAGUGGUAGGCUCACAGAACGGAACCGCCGAGUGCUGAAGCGCGUAGACAUUUGUCUGUUCUCUGUUGCAACACUCACUACCGAUUUCCUAACUGCCUCUGGAAGCAACGUCAGCACAAUAACUGUUCGUCGGGAGCUUCAUGAAAUGGGUUUCCGUGGUCGAGCAGCCGCACACAAGCCUAAGAUCACCAUGCGCAAUUCCAAGCGUCGCCUGGAGUGGUGUGAAGCUCGCCGCCAUUGGACUCUGGAGCAAUGGAAACGCGUUCUCUGUAGUGAUGAAUCACGCUUCGCCAUCUGGCAGUCCGACGGGCGAAUCUGGGUUUGGCGGAUGCCAGGAGAACGCUACCUGCCCGAAUGCAUAGUGCCAACUGUAAAGUUUGGUGGAGGAUAAAUAAUGGUCUGGGGCUGUGUUUCAUUGUUCGGGCUAGGUCCCUUAGUUUCAGUGAAGGGAAAUCUUAACGCAACAGCAUACAAUGACAUUCUAGACGAUUCUGUGCUUCCAACUUUGUGGCAACAGUUUGGGGAAGGCCCUUUCCUGUUUCAGCAUGACAAUGCCCCAGAGCGAGGUCCAUACAGAAAUGGUUUAUCGAGAUCAGUGUGGAAGAACUUGACUGGCCUGCACGGAGCCCUGACCUCAACCCCAUCGAACACCUUUGGGAUGAAUUGGAACGCCGACUGCGAGCCAGGCCUAAUCGCCCAACAUCAGUGCCCGACCUCACUAAUGCUCUUGUGGCUGAAUGGAAGCAAGUCCCCACAGCAAUGUUCCAACAUCUAGUGGAAAGCCAGAAGAGUGGAGGCUAUUGUAGCAGCAAAGGGGGGACCAACUCCAUAUUAAUGCCCAUGAUUUUGGAAUUGGAUGUUCGACAAGCAGGUGUUCCCUUACACUACAUGACCAAAAGUAUGUCAGGCACCUGUUGACCCAGUAGACAAGCGCCCCUAGACCCCCAUAUGAGGCAAGGAGCCACAGCCUAUUUAUUAUUUUGAAGUGCUGGUGAUAUUCAGGUCAAAGACAACACUUUUUCCAGUUGGAAUUUGGCCUAUAUUAGGUUUAACACAAAUAAUUGUAUAUUUUUCUGAAUCAGUUCCUCCAUCUUUUUUUGUAUGUCCGUAGACACUGUGGAUUAGGCUACUUCCAGGUAGGGCUGUGACAGUCUUGGAAUUUGAGGUCAUGGCUAACAUACACGGACACUGACAUAACCGUUGGGGAGGGUCGGCGCAUACCAGACUGAAAAGAAACCCGUGGCUUUUCUCUGCCACUUAUAAUAAUAUGCCAUUUAGCAGACGCUUUUAUCCAAAGCGACUUACAGUCAUGUGUGCAUACAUUUUUUACAUAUGGGUGGUCCCGGGGAUCGAACCCACUACCCUGGCGUUACAAGCGCCAUGCUCUACCAAUUGAGCUACAGAGGACUUACCAUUACACUUUAUUAUCAGUAGCUUUUCAUUAUUAUUAUUAAAGUUAUUACCUCUAAAUAUUGGUCUAGUAUUCAAAUUAAGAAAUGUCAGAUUGAAGAGGAAUUCCGAAAAAAUACAGAUUCCUAUUUUGAUGCACUAAACCGUUCACAUAAAGUCCAAUGCGUUUUUCCCUCUACUUUUCAGGACAAUUCGCAUUACGUCACCAACGCUGCUGCGGUCAUUCUCCGUGGCAAUAUGUUCAAAGUGGCUAGAGAGAACGCAGUAAUGAGAGAAUCAUAUACUACUGGAAAGAUAAUAUGCUACUGAACAUAUUAGGAUAAAGACUAUGCAUCCUAUAGGAUGAAUCAUGAAAGGUGCUUGGCUACGUUUCAUUCAGUUGCACCCAUUUAAUAAGAGGAAACUGAACUGGCACCUGUCGUCAUUUCUCACACAUAUGUUGACCCUGCAAUCUGAUUAAAGAGAUGAAGUCCAGACGGGCUAGGCCUAUUUUAGGAAAUGUUCUGAAUGGACAUAGAGAAUUAGUGAACUCAUACACGCGUACCCACCCAACAAGAAGGACCUAUCAAUUAAAGCCGCCUGCAGCGCAUCUCACUCAGACACAUAAGCAAAUCACUUUUGUCCUUUCCCAAAAACGUAUUAAAAACCUUGCCUUAGCUUCAAAUCCUUUCUUUAGGAUAAAAAAAAAAAACUACAUUAUUUGGAUAAUGCUAAAUCAAUGUAGCCUAUCCUAUAAAUUGACAAGGAAAGUUUUUAAGGGGGAUAUAUAGAGACAGCUGUGAUAGGCAUGAAGAUGAAAUUGACAACCAUUCGAAAAUAGAAACGCAUACACGCAACCUGUCCAUAGCAACCUGUCCGUAGCCUAAUGAUCUGCCAACCUGUCCGUAGCCUAAUGAUCUGCCAACCUGUCCGUAGCCUAAUGAUCUGCCAACCUGUCCGUACCCUAAUGAUCUGCCAACCUGUCCGUAGCCUAAUGAUCAGCUGUUGAACAAUUAUAUUGAAGCAAUGGGUGGUUAUGUUGACACUACAUUUUAAUUUGAGUGCUUUAUCUAAAUCUGUGCAACCACUUAUUGAUAAGGGUCAACUCUGGCGGAUAUGUUUUUCUGUCUUCUAGGGUUGCCUGUAGCACACACAGGUGGUUACCUAGAUUCACUUUAGCAAGCCUAAUAUAUUAUAUAGGCUACACGAAUGAUGCAUUAAUAUAUUAACUUUUAACUUACAUCGGUCGUGUUCACUGUUCCCUUCUUGCGCAAUUCACGCGUCUCCGCUGGCAACUCCACUGGCCUAUCUCUUCCCCCUCUCUCUAGCUCUUGAACGAGUAGCCUAUAUAUAGACAAUGAACAGCAAUAUAGUUUGAAACGUACAGUAUUUCGAGCAAUUUUUUAAAACGAAUAGGCCUAGGCCUAUUCGAGGAGAGAAACAUUGAUCGAUCCUCUUGCUUGCUGAAUGGUUAUAAAAUAGGCUACAGCGUUGGCAAUGAACUGACGGGGAAGUUUGAAUGACGAGAGCGAUUUGUAGUCGAACUGGUGUGAUGUGAUCAUAUCUGCUAAAUUGAUACCUUGUUGCACGGAUGCAUUGCAAACGUAAAUAACAGGCAGAGAGAAAUUAAUGAAUUAAUUCACACAACGAACCCACAGACCUGUCAGUGGCAGUGUCCCAGAUAACACUUUUUUUGGGUCAGUAGUUUAUUUUCACAUGUGAAAAGAUGCUAAAAGGUCUGAAUAAAUAAUUGACGGAUAGUGGCAGGACAAUAUUUCACAAUUGGUGUGAACGGCGUCAUAAACAAGACGUGUUCGUGUAAAAACAAAAUCUUCCUAAUUGUUCAGACGAAAAUAACGGACUUGGUGAGAAAGGGCCUUUAUUGAAAAUAGGCUUUUUACAAGAUUUAAAUCAUGACAGGAGCGUUUGAGUCUUAUUAAAGAGAUAAUCCAGACAGGCUACUUUAGGAAACUUUCUGAAUGGAUUUAUAGGCCUAUAGAGAGAAUCAGCGAACUCACACACGCACACCCCUGUAAAGGACCCGUAAAUCAAAGCCACCAACGUACACUGAGUGUACAAAACAUUAAGAAUACCGUCCUAAUAUUGAGUUGCACUAUUCUUGAUACACACGAGAAACUUGAGCCUAAAAAACCUAGCAGCGUUGCAGUUCUUGACACAAACCGAUGUGCCUGGCACGUACUACCAUACCCUGUUCAAAGCCACUUAAAUAUUUUGUCUUGCCCAUUCACCCUCUGAAUGGCACACAUACACAAUACAUGUCUCAAUUGUCUCAAGGCUUAAAAAUCCUUCUUUAAGCUGUCUCCUCCCCUUCAUCUACACUGAUUGAAGUGGAUUUAACAGGUGACAUCAAUAAGGGAUCAUAGCUUUCACCAGGUCAGUCUGUCAUGAAAAGAGCAGGUGUCCUUAAUGUUUUGUACACUGUGUCAGACACAAGACAAUAUUUCUCCUUACAAAAACCUAGGCCAACCUUAGGCUUUCCGAAAGUAGGCUACAAGAUAAUGAAUUGACGGGUAGAGAGACAGCUAGUAUGAAGAUGAAAUUGACAAUCAUUAAAAUAGAAACAAAUACAAGCAAUAUGUCCAUAUACAGUUGAAGUCGGAAGCUUACAUACACUUAGGUUGGAGUCAUUAAAACUCGUUUUUCAACCACUCCACAAAUUUCUUGUUAACAAACUACAGUUUUGGCAAGUCGGUUAGGACAUCUACUUUGCAUGACACAAUUAAUUUUCCAACAAUUGUUUCACUUAUAAUUCACUGUAUCACAAUUCCAGUGGGUCAUAAGUUUACAUACACUAAGUUGACUGUGCCUUUAAACAGCUUGGAAAAUUCCAGAAAAUGAUGUCAUGGCUUUAGAAGCUUCUGAUAGGCUAAUUGACAUAAUUUGAGUCAAUUGGAGGUGUACCUGUGGAUGUAUUUCAAGGCCUACCUUCAAACCCAGUGCCUCUUUGCUUGACAUCAUGGGAAAAUCAAAAGAAAUCAGCCAAGACCUCAGAAAAAACAUUGUAGACCUCCGCAAGUCUGGUUCAUCCUUGGGAGCAAUUUCCAAACGCCUGAAGGUACCACGUUAAUCUGUACAAACAAUAGUAUGCAAGUAUAAACACCAUGGGACCACGCAGCCGUCAUACCGCUCAGGAAGGAGACGCGUUCUGUCUCCUAGAGAUUAACGUACUUUUGUGCGAAAAGUGCAAAUCAAUCCCAGAACAACAGCAAAGGACCUUGUGAAGAUGCUGGAGGAAACGGGUACAAAAAUAUCUAUAUCCACAGUAAAACGAGUCCUAUAUCGACAUAACCUGAAAGGCUGCUCAGCAAGGAAGAAGCCACUGCUCCAAAACUGGCAUAAAAAGGCCAGACUACAGUUUGCAGCUGCACAUGGGGACAAAGAUCGUACUUUUUGGAGAAAUGUCCUCUGGUCUGAUGAAACAAAAAUAGAACUGUUUGGCCAUAAUGACCAUUGUUAUGUUUGGAGGAAAAAGGGGGUUGCUUGCAAGCCGAAGAAAACCAUCCCAACCGUGAAGCACGGGGGUGGCAGCAUCAUGCUGUGUGGGUGCUUUGCUGCAGGAGGGACUGGUGCACUUCACAAAAUAGAUGGCAUCAUGAGGAAGGAAAAUUAUGUGGAUAUAUUGAAGCAAGCAGUCAGGAAGUUAAAGCUUGGUCGCAAAUGGGUCUUCCAAAUGGACAAUGACCCCAAGCACACUUCCAAAGUUGUGGCAAAAUGGCUUAAGGACAACAAAGUCAAGGUACUGGAGUGGCCAUCACAAAGCCCUGACCUCAAUCCUAUAGAAAAUGUGUGGGCAGAACUGAAAGUGUGUGCGAGCAAGGAGGCCUACAAACCUGACUCAGUUACACAAGCUCUGUCAGGAGGAAUGGGCCAAAAUUCAUCCAACCUAUUGUGGAAGGCUACCCAAAAUGUUUGACCCAAGUUAAACAAUUGAAAGGCAAUGCCACCAAAUACUAAUUGAGUGUAUGUAAACUUCUGACCCACUGGGAAUGUGAUGAAAGAAAGAAAAGCUGAAAUCAAUCAUUCUCUCUAGUAUUAUUCUGACAUUUCACAUUCUUAAAAUAAAGUGGUGAUGCUAACAGACCUAAGACAGGGAAUUUUUACUAGGAUUAAAUGUCAGGAAUUGUGAAAAGCUGAGUUUAAAUGUAUUUGGCUAAGGUGUAUGUAAUCUUACGACUUCAACUGUACUAUUUAUCAGCAUUGAUUUAGUCUAUAAAUGAAGAAAAUAUUUUGUAUCGAAUUAUAUAUACCAUGCCGGGUUGGAUAGAAUUGCCGCGUUGUUCAAUUGACACAUUUGUCGACUACAUGAACAACCUUGUCGACUACUGUUGAAUAAUUAAUGAAGUCAGACACAUCCAACCUGUUUUAAAAGAACACCUAUUUAUUUACUAUCAAGCAAUGAAAACGUACAUUGUAUAUAAGAAAGUCUACACAUCAAACUAUUUUUUUUUACUGAAGUGCCAUAGCCUAUAGACGAGCGCUUCUACACCCCUGCGCAUCUAGCGGAUUAGCUGCUCGAGCAUCAAAAGACAGUUGGAAAGAUGUAGACAGACUCAUUUAGCAAAACAAGGCCUAUUUAAACAGGUUUUUUAUGGUUAUUUUAAUUUCAUGGUGGUGUUCAUCCAUAACCGUCAGUUACACGGUUAUUCAAUACUGUCACAGCCCUACUUCAGAGUACCCAAUUGUUGUGCUGGCAAUGGCAUGUAGAGUUAGUUUUUAAGGACUGCCAUGAUGAAACAUGAAGUGAAAAGCCUUUGUUGGUGUGGUGUUGCUCAGACGAUUAGACAGGGCCAUCUGGCAAGCCAACUGCACGGCUCACUGUCAUGGUAAUGCUUCAGGCUGUUUUUAUGGCUAGCAAAGCAUGGUUUUUGAUCCCCAUCAAAACGGUGAACGUUAUAGUGAGCGGUUAAACAUGUUUGCUUAGGGGCUCCUCUGAAAUCCAGUCAGCAGCUCUACUUCAUCAAAAGAUGGAGUUGAGGAGUCUUGAUUUGAGGUUGUUGACACCUCUUGAAAAAUUCUACCUAGCUAACGUUAGUGACCAAAGGUGCUCAGUUCUUGAGAAGGUCUAAAAUGGCAUAUCAACAACAUUUAUUUUCGGCUAAUAACAGUGAAUGAACAUUUCAAUGACUGAUAUAGAUAGCCUAUCUAUGAUUGAGGUAUACUAACACAUCAACUGCAUGAUUUGCCAAUAGGUCUUUCAAUGCCACCAUAAAUAAAUGGCUAACCUUGGCCUCCCGAGUGGCACACUGCAUCGCAGUGCUGGAGGCGUCACUACAGACCCGGGUUCGAUCCCGGACUGUAUCACAACCGUCCGUGAUCGGGAGUCCCAUAGUGCGGCGCACAAUUGGCCCAGCGUCGUCCGGGUUAGGUGAGGGUUUGGCCGGGGGGCUUUACUUGGCUCAUCGCGCUCUAGCGACUCCUUGUGGCGGGCCGGGCACCUGCAGACUGACCUCGGUCGUCAGUUGAACGGUGUUUCCUCCGACACAUUGGUGCGGCUGGCUUCCGGGUUAAGCGGGCGGGUGUUAAGAAGCGCGGUUUGGUGGGUAAUGUUUCGGAGGACGCCUGACUCGACCUUCGCCUCCCGCGCCCAUUGGGGAGUUGCAGCGACGAUACUAGAUCGAAAUUGGGGAGAAAACGGGGGUAAUAAUACUAAAAUAUAAAUGGCCAACUUUAUCCAGUAUUGGUUACAUAUUUCCAACGUUCACAUCCAUCUAAUGACAACUUCUGUUAUUCACCCACUAAGUCAGUAAAAUAAAUGUGUUUAUUUUGACAGAGUCCUGUUGGAGUCUCGCCGUAAGUCGAAGAAGAUCACAGCCCGAGGUAUCUUCACCGGUGGCCGGGUGGUGAGAGGAGUGGACUGGCAGUGGGAGGAUCAGGAUGGAGGCAACGGCAGGAGAGGAAAGGUACUCGUUUUGUUGCUACGGUGUGCCCAUUUUAUCUUGACCCUGUACCUUGUUCAGUAGGGCAUGCUGUAGGAAAAUGUUUUGCAAAUGAACACAGAAAUCUGUGUUCUUAAUCAACCGCCAAUAAGAUUUUUUGAUGACCCAGGCUUCUCAUCAAAUAUGAAAUGUAUUACUAUGAUAGUUUGGGAUUUUAUUAGGAACCCCAUUAUCUGUUGCGUAAGCCGCAGCUACUCUUCCUGGGGUCCACACAGAACAUGAAACAUGACAUAAUACAGAACAUUAAUAGACCAGAACAGCUCAAGGACAGAACUACAUAUAUUUAAAAACGGGACACAAAGCCUACAUGUCAAUACAUACACACAAAAUAUCUAGGUCAAAUAGGGGAGAGGCGUUGUGCCGUGAGGUGUUGUUUUAUCUGAUUUUUUUAAACCAGGUUUGCUGUUCAUUUGAGCAAUAUGAGAUGGAAGGGAGUUCCAUGCAAUUAUGGGCUCUAUAUAAUAAUGUACCAUUUCUUGAAUUUGUUCUGAAUUUGGGCACUGUGAAAAGACCCCUGGUGGGGUAAGUGUGUGUCAGAGCUGUGCGUAAGUUGAUUACGCAAACAAUUUUGACUUUUCAACACAUUAAUGUUUCUUAUAAAAAUAAGUGAUGCAGUCAGUCUCUCCUCAACUCUUAGCUAAGAGAGACUGGCAUGCAUGGGGAUGUUCUGGUCCAGCUGCAGCUUAACUAGGUCUUUCUUAGCAGCACUUGACCACAUGGCAGGAUAAGAAUCAAGAUAAGACUAAAUUAGAGCCUGCAGGACUUGCUUUGUGGAGUGGGGUGUCAAAAAAGCAGAACAUCUCUUUAUUACGGACAGAUCUCUCCCCAUCUUUACAACCAUUGAAUCUAUAUGUUUUGACCAUGACAGUUUACAAUCUAAGGUAACGCCAAGUAACUUAGUCUCCUCAACAUGUUCCAACAGCCACACCAUUCAUUACCAGAUUCAGCUGAGGUCUAGAGCUUAGAAUAUGGGAAUGAUGAGUUUCUGAUUUCAUCAUUGGGUCCAAGAAGGUGAUAAACAUUUGUGUGCAUGCCUGCAUUGAUGGGUGAGAAGGAAGUGUGGGGAACAGCCAAUGAGUUGGAAAAGUUCCUUAGUUCUAAAGAGAAAUGGCAUCACUGGUUGGUUCUGUCCCAGUCCGUCCCCUACCUCUAUGUUAGUAUAAUUGCGAACAGACAUGCAGAUUUCCUCACCGCAGAAUACAUCUCAAGAGGUUGAAUUUUUUUAGCAGGUAGAUUUAUAAAGGGAACGGCUCUAUAAAGAUCUAGUAGCUUGACUCAGUUCUAUACCCCAGUAUUCAAUUUAAGAUUCCCCAUACGAAAUUUAAAGGGUUCAUUUUGCUGUGUUAUUUAAAUGCCCAGUGCAGUAAAAAUUUAGUUUUUCCUGUGUUUUGUAUCAUUUUGUAAAACAGCUGAUGAAAUGAAAACUAAAAGUGUGGAAAGAAUUUGAUCAGUGUGAUUUCCUGAUAGUUGCUUGUUGAAAAUACAAUCUAUACAGGACCUUCUAAUCAGCAGGUUUGCAUGGGUGGGAGUUUCGGCUUGUCUGGUGACGUCACCAGGCUGUAAAUUGGUUAAUAGACCAAUAACAAAGAGUUCCAAACUUCCCUGCCAAUAACAGCUAGUUUUCCGUUUCCCUCCCAGACAGUCCUAGCAAAAUUCUUGCUUGAGAAAUAGUUUUUUCCUUAAAAGCUAUUUUUGUCCAUUUUAAUGGAACACUAUUACAGUAGCUUAAGGUACUUAAUUGUUACCCAGAAAUGAUUUGAUAUCGAUAUACACAUUUUCAUGUUAUAUUUACUCCAUUCUUUCUGCUCUUUAAGCCUAUUCUGUUGAGUGACGUUGCAUAUUCAAAUCAAAUGUAUUUGUCACAUGCGCCGUAUACAACAGAUGUAGACCUUACCGUGAAAUGCUUACUUACAAGCCCUUAACCAACAAUGCCGUUUUUAAGAAAAUAGAGUUAAGAAGAUAUUUACAAAAUAAAAUAAAGUAAAAAUAAAUAAAACAUAACACAAUAAAAUAACAAUAAUGAGGCUAUAUACAGGGGGUACCGAGUCAAUGUGCGGGGUACAGGUUAGUCGAGGUAAUUUGUACAUGUAGGUAGGGGUAAAGUGAAUAUGCAUUGAUAAUAAACAGCAAGGAGCAGCAGUGUAAAAACGGUCCGGGUGGCCAUAUUAUUAAAUGACAUAUCAUGAUAUUUAUGUGACAUUAUUUGUUGAUGUGCCAGAAACGCACAGAAUCAAUUUGACGUUAUAGCCAACAGAUUAUUAACCAAGAGGCAUGCCUUUAGAAUGAUUCUUAAAUGGGAAUGCCUUGGCUAACUCCUUCACUCUCUUUUCAUCUCUCCUCUUCUCUCCUUCUUCCUCCCCAGGUGACAGAGAUCCAGGACUGGAGUGCAGCCAGCCCACACAGUGCAGCCUAUGUCCUCUGGGACAAUGGGGCCAAGAACCUCUACAGAGUGGGCUUCGAGGGGAUGGUGAGUAAAGCAACGCACACACAAAUGAUCAGGUGGUCUUUGUGUUUGACUGCUGAGCUGGGGCUCUUUGUAAUGCUGCCAGGCCUUUGUAGUGGAGAGCCACGCAGCCAGGGCCCCAUUGUGGCAGGCAGCUGGAAGGAGGGAGGGAAUCUACAUGAGAAAAGCAAUCUGUUCCCUUCUUUCUUUAUGAGGAAGAGAGUGAACACAGAGGUCAGCUUCAGGGGGAGGAGGGGUCUUGGGGUCCCAACACGAGCCACAAAUGACAGGCAGUGUGCUGAUUGGUGGAGAACACUCCUGCUUUUUUAUGAACGCUGACAAUCGGAGAGCUGGGUUGUGUAACAGAUUUGUCCUUUGUUAUUUUAAUACGUCUGGUAGGAUUGAGGGGUUGAGGUAGACGACAUCUGCUUCUGGAUUAACUAAAGCAUGGAUUAUAUAUGCUGCUCCCCAAAAAUAAUGGAAGACAACAGCCUCUGUGCCUAAACUGGCCAAAUCUACAGUGAGGGGAAAAAAGUAUUUGAUCCCCUGCUGAUUUGUACGUUUGAUAAUUUCUUUGUCAGUGGGCAAUCUAUAAUUUAAAUGGUAGGUUUAUUUGAACAGUGAGACAGAAUAACAACAAAAUAAUCCAGAAAAACGCAUGUCAAAAAUGUUAUAAAUUGAUUUGCAUUUUAAUGAGGGAAAUAAGUAUUUGACCCCUCUGCAAAACAUGAAUUAGUACUUGGUGGCAAAACCCUUGUUGGCAAUCAGAGGUCAGACAUUUAUUGUAGUUGGCCACCAGGUUUGCACACAUCUCAGGAGGGAUUUUGUCCCACUCCUCUUUGCAGAUCUUCUCCAAGUCAUUAAGGUUUCGAGGCUGACGUUUGGCAACUCGAACCUUCAGCUCCCUCCACAGAUUUUCUAUGGGAUUAAGGUCUGGAGACUGGCUAGGCCACUCCAGGACCUUAAUGUGCUUCUUCUUGAGCCACUCCUUUGUUGCCUUGGCCGUAGGUUUUGGGUCAUUGUCAUGCUGGAAUACCCAUCCACAACCCAUUUUCAAUGCCCUGGCUGAGGGAAGGAGGUUCUCACCCAAGAUUUUACAGUACAUGGCCCCGUCCAUCGUCCCUUUGAUGCGGUGAAGUUGUCCUGUCCCCUUAGCAGAAAAACACCCCCAAAGCAUAAUGUUUCCACCUCCAUGUUUGACGGUGGGGAUGGUGUUAUUGGGGUCAUAGGCAGCAUUCCUCCUCCUCCAAACACGGUGAGUUGAGUUGAUGCCAAAGAGCUCAAUUUUGGUCUCAUCUGACCACAACACUUUCACCCAGUUCUCCUCUGAAUCAUUCAGAUGUUCAUUGGCAAACUUCAGACGGGCAUGUAUAUGUGCUUUCUUGAGCAGGGGGACUUUGCGGGCGCUGCAGGACUUCAGUCCUUCACGGCGUAGUGUGUUACCAAUUGUUUUCUUGGUCACUAUGGUCCCAGCUGCCUUGAGAUCAUUGACAAGAUCCUCCCGUGUAGUUCUGGGCUGAUUCCUCACCGUUCUCAUGAUCAUUGCAACUCCACGAGGUGAGAUCUUGCAUGGAGCCCCAGGCCGAGGGAGAUUGACAGUUAUUUUGUGUUUCUUCCAUUUGCGAAUAAUCGCACCAACUGUUGUCACCUUCUCACCAAGCUGCUUGGCGAUGGUCUUGUAGCCCAUUCCAGCCAUGUGUAGGUCUACAAUCUUGUCCCUGACAUCCUUGGAGAUCUCUUUGGUCUUGGCCAUGGUGGAGAGUUUGGAAUCUGAUUGAUUGCUUCUGUGGACAGGUGUCUUUUAUACAGGUAACAAACUGAGAUUAGGAGCACUCCCUUUAAGAGUGUGCUCCUAAUCUCAGCUCGUUACCUGUAUAAAAGACACCUGAGAGCCAGAAAUCUUUCUGAUUGAGAGGGGGUCAAAUACUUAUUUCCCUCCUUUUUUUUUUUUGUCCUUUAGCAGACGCUCUUAUCCAGAGCGACUUACAGUUAGUGAGUGCAUUCAUUAUUUUAAAUUUUUUAAUUUUUCAUACUGGCCCCCCGUGGGAAUCGAACCCACAACCCUGGCGUUGCAAACGCCAUGCUCUACCAACUGAGCUACAUCCCUGCCGGCCAUUCCCUCCCCUACUCAGGACGACGCUGGGCCAAUUGUGCGCUGCCCCAUGGGUCUCCCGGUCACGGCCGGCUACGACAGAGCCUGGAUCAUUAAAAUGCAAAUCAAUUAAUAACAUUUUUGACAUGAGUUAUUCUGUCUCUCACUGUUCAAAUAAACCUACCAUUAAAAUGAUAGACUGAUCAUUUCUUUGUCAGUGGGCAAACGUACAAAAUCAGCAGGGGAUCAAAUACUUUAUUCCCUCACUGUAUAUGUUAUACGGUGUAUAUUGAUGUCCUGGUCAUUGGCCAACCUGGCUGUUAGUGUUUAUGUAAUCUGUUACUUUUUACACUUUUUGUAACACUUUUUCAAACACAUUUAAUAUUAUUAUUAUUAUUAUUGAUAAUCAAAGACUGCAAACAAGCACUGUGGACAUGGUGAAAGACACUGCAUUUUUUGUGCACACGAUCAAUGUAUUUUCACUUUUUUUUCUUGAGUAUUUUGGUUCAGAUGGCAUCAAAAGUCCACAGUCUAGUCUCUUGGCUUCACACAUUUAGCAAAUAAUAUUUCUUCUCAUUUUACAUUUUUCCUCAAUGUCUUUUCUUUUUUCAAAGAAAAAAGAAAAGACCACAUUUAAGUUAGUUGAUUUCACACAUCUAUAAACACGGUUGCAUUCCAAAUGGUAUCCUAUUCCCUUUAUAGUGCACUACCUUGACCAAAAGUGGUCAAAAGUAGUGCAUUAUAUAGGGAAUAGGGUGCCAUUUGGGGGUGCAACCACUGUUUGUGAACCCUGCUCUGUCAGAGGAGCAGUAUGGCUGUCUACUAUGCACUGCCUUGUAAUCAACAUGGCUGCCCUCUGUCUAUAUGCCACAGUGGAAGCCCAUCCGCAUCUGAGUCAUUACAAAUGAUAUGAUGCAGUUCCUUCCCUGCCGAGCCAGAGCUUUGUAAUGUAGUGCUUCCAUAUCCCUUCAGAGCCUUGAGGGUAAUGCUAUUGUUGCCACCCUGCCCUAACUUUAACACAAUGUCACACGGCAUGUCACUGCAGUCGGAAAGAAGUGUGAUUUUACUCUGUCGUCAUUAAUCUGCUGUACUUCUGAUAGAUUGAAUUAAGUAGAUAAUUAGCUGAUCCUUAGUUCCCUGUCUCUCCCUUUCAGUCGGAUUUGAAAUGUGUCCAGGAUGCCAAAGGAGGGUCUUUCUACAGAGACCACUGCCCUGUUCUAGGUGAGUACAGUACUAGUGAUCCGUGGCACUACACUACACUACCGUCAUUAUUGCACCAAUUCCUCCCCAGCACAGCGUUCUGCAGUGGAGUCCAAGGGCAUCAGGAGCGCAUCACUGCCUGGCUGCUGUUACUGGUAGUGUCCACUAGGUGGCAUCACCACACAGAUACUGACAGUACCAGGCUGCAUGGAGACAGCUUGGGUGCAGUCAUGGGCCACACUGGCACAGUGUUCCCACAAUCUCAAGGAUUGUGUCUUCUCUCAGAUUUUCCUGGCCAGUGAUACCUGGGUUGUGUUUAGCACACGAUGCAGCACUUCAGCAACCAAAUAAACUCCUCUAGUUUAAUAGCAGUAAUCACAAAAGGCUCUCCGUGAUCAGUUUUGUCCACCCUAUUUUAUCGUAAUGAGACUAAUCUACAUAAAGUAAAUAAGAAUGUGUAACCAGUAUGUAUUCCACCUGCUCUCUCCCCACAGGUGAGCAGAAUGGCAACAGGAACCCAGGCGGUCUGCAGAUCGGAGACCUGGUCAACAUCGACCUGGACCUGGAGAUAGUCCAGUCCCUGCAGCACGGCCACGGAGGCUGGACAGACGGUAUGUUCGAGACCCUCACCACCACCGGUACCGUGUGUGGCAUCGACGAGGACCACGACAUUGUGGUGCAGUACCCCAGUGGGAACAGGUAAGCUCUUAUCAGGUCAUCAUUCAGACCAGUGCACAAGCACAGUCCAGUCAUAACACAUCUUCUGUCAUAACAAGAGUAGGACAUGGACUUCAUCUAUUUGGCCUAAUGAAAGAUAUUUAUGACACUAAUUUCCAUGUCAUAGGGGCCACCUCAAAUAAAGUGUGUGUGUCCCCCCCAGGUGGACGUUCAACCCUGCGGUGCUGACCAAGGCCAACGUGGUGCGUAGUGGGGAAGGUGUUGCGUCGGGGGCGGAGGGUGGCAGCUCCCAGUUCCUGGUGGGAGACCUGGUCCAGAUCUGCUACGACAUUGACCGCAUCAAGCUGCUGCAGAGAGGACAUGGGGAGUGGGCUGAGGCCAUGCUGCCUGUAAGACACACUCACACAUGCGUUUCCUUUGUCAGCAAAACGUCCUUUUUCUUUCACCUCUCACCUCCCACGUAACAAGGACAGUAUCACCUGGGUGUAUGUAAUGACUACGGCAUAGUCUAUUGUGAUUUUGGUCUAAAAGUCUGUAAAUUGGCAUAAUCGUGGAUAGUCAUUGCUUCCUCUCAUCAAACUGUAUCUAACGUCACGCUACAAUCUGCCAACACUCCAUUAAAACCAACACCCCCAGCAGCUAACAAGCCCUAAAACACAGUGAUCAGUACCUACUGUUGUUGCUGCUGCUUCCCCCUCCCUCCCCCUCAGUUCUGAGUGAUCACUGGAGCCUCCUGGAGUGGGACUAAUGUCCCGACUUUAAACUAGGCGUAGUGCCUUUUCUGCUCUUUAGUUGACUCUCCAAAUGAAGCGAAUCGAGUUGCAGACCUGCUAAUGAGUGGUACUCAAAUUACAUAUGAAUCUCUGCGACACUAGGCUGGAGAAGUUUGUGUAGGAAAGAUGGCUGCCAAUGAAGCAAUGUAUUGGGCAUGCAUUCUAUUUGGUAUACUGGUGUUUAUAUACUGUAACGUAGUGUUAGUCUGUUUCAAUAUCCACAUUAGCAUAGUACUCAGAAUGCAUAUCGGAUACAUUAAUUGAUUCUAUCUAGUAUGCUGGAGACCGUGGAUAUUGGAACGUAGCCUCAGACUUAUCAAAAUGCCUUUCCUUUCCUCACUCAAAAACUUGAAAGACAUCAACAAUGUCCCAGAUAAUUGGCUGUGUAGAUGAGAAAUAAGUCUGGCUCUCACUCAGCCCUUCAACUGCCCUUUGAAUGAAUAAUCAGAACAGUGCUUUAGACUCAUCUGUGAUUAUGCUUUCCUGUCAUGUUUUUGGAAAGGAAGGGCCGUAUCUGUUUCUGAAAGGGGAACGAAUGGCUUUCUAGAAAUUAAAUACAGACACACAUCUCUUUUUGGUUUGUUCCCCCCCAAUUUUUGUUUUUGUUUUCUAUACUUUAGUUAUAUCACAGAUAAUUUAACCUCCCUGUGUAAGAGACACUAGAAUGCUGAAAGGAGGUUCAGAAUUCCCUUCAAUAAUCUUUGGUACUUAAAACAGAUUCUUUUUCUGAGAAAGCUCCUUCAUCAGUGCUCUGGUUAGUUUUUAGAGACAAACUAACAAUGAUUCUCUUAACAAUAUGGUGUGUUUAUGCUCUUUGAGAUUGUAAUAAAAAAUGCUAUAGCAAUGUAAUGAAUGUAUUGUUUUCCUCAGACCCUGGGAAAGGUGGGCCGUGUGCAGCAGAUCUACUCGGACAGCGACCUGAAGGUGGAGGUGUGCGGAACGUCAUGGACCUACAACCCUGCUGCUGUCACCAAGGUGGCCCCCACUGGCUCCGCUGUCACCAACGCCUCCGGAGGUAGCAGGACACACUCACACUCACACACACACACACACACACACACAGUGUGUGCACACUGAUACACAGACCAUAAACCAGUAUUAUUUUCCAUAUCUGCUGCUAGCCCGUUUAUAAGUGGGCAUGCACAUACACUGGCCCCUCUUACACACCACACACAUUCUUCACUCAUUUGAUCUAGAAGAUGACCCCCUUGUAAUGUUGUUCUCCUGUGUGUGUGUGUGUGUGUGUGUGUGUGUGUGUGUUUGUGUUUGUAGAGCGUCUGUCUCAGCUGCUGAAGAAGCUGUUUGAGACCCAGGAGUCAGGUGACAUCAAUGAGGAGCUGGUCAAAGCAGCAGCCAAUGGCGACCUGGCCAAGGUGGAGGACAUCCUCAAGAGACCUGACGUGGACGUAAGUGAUCUCUUCAUUCAACACAGCUUCAGGCUUGAUAGAAGAUGUCUAUCAAAGUUUAGUCCCAGGGCGCUGUAUUUUCCCCCCCGAAGAUAUAUAUAUUUAUUGCGAAUUGAGAUGGCAAAAUUAUGAUAUAUAGUUAUUUUUAUUUAACCUUUAUUUAACUAGGCAAGUCAGUUAAGAACAAAUCCUUAAUUACAAUGACUGCCUACACCGGCCAAACCCGGACGACGCUGGGCCAAUUGUUUGCCGCCCUAUGGGACUCCCAAACACGGCCGGUUGUGAUACAGCCUGGAAUCGAACCAGGGGGUCUGUAGUGACGCCUCAAGCACUGAGAUGCAGUGCCUUAGACCGCUGCGCCACUCGGGAGCCCAUAUAAAGAGAUUACUCCAGUUAAUCCUUCAGAGUCCAUUGACAGAGCGGUACGUCAAUCUAUAAUGAACAAAAAUAUAAACGCAACAUGCAACAAUUUCAACGAUUUUAGUGGGUUACAGUUCAUAUAAGGAAAUUUUGUCAAUUGAAAUACAUUCAUUAGGCCCUAAUCUAUGGAAUUCACAUGACUGGGCAGGGGCGCAGCCAUGGGUGGGCCUGGGAGGGCAUAGGCCCAACCACUUGGGAGCCAGGACCAGCCAAUCAGAAUGUUUUUCCCCCAAACAUUUUCUUUUUACAAACAGGGCUUUAUUACAGACAGAAAUACUCCUCAGUUUCAUCAGCUGUCCGGGUGGCUGGUCUCAGAUGAUUCCGCAGGUGAAGAAGCUGAAUGUGGUGUUUUUAUGUAUGUAUGUAUGUAUGUAUGUAUGUGUGUGUGUGUGUGUGUGUGUGUGUGUGUGUGUAUACAGUGAGGGAAAAAAGUAUUUGAUCCCCUGCUGAUUUUGUACGUUUGCCCACUGACAAAGACGUGAUCAGUCUAUCAUUUUAAUGGUAGGUUUAUUUGAAAAGUGAGAGACAGAAUAACAACAAACAAAUCCAGAAAACCGCAUGUCAAAAAUGUUAGAAAUUGAUUUGCAUUUUAAUGAGGGAAAUAAGUAUUUGACCCCUCUGCAAAACAUGACUUAGUACUUGGUGGCAAAACCCUUGUUGGCAAUCAGAGGUCAGACAUUUCUUGUAGUUGGCCACCAGGUUUGCACACAUCUCAGGAGGGAUUUUGUUCCACUCCUCUUUGCAGAUCUUCUCCAAGUCAUUAAGGUUUCGAGGCUGACGUUUGGCAACUCGAACCUUCAGCGCCCUCCACAGAUUUUCUAUGGGAUUAAGGUCUGGAGACUGGCUAGGCCACUCCAGGACCUUAAUGUGCUUCUUCUUGAGCCACUCCUUUGUUGCCUUGGCCGUGUGUUUUGACAGUACAUGGCCCCGUCCAUCGUCCCUUUGAUGCGGUGAAGUUGUCCUGCCCCCUUAGCAGAAAAACACCUCCAAAGCAUAAUGUUUCCACCUCCAUGUUUGACGGUGGGGAUGGUGUUCUUGGGGUCAUAGGCAGCAUUCCUCCUCCUCCAAACACGGCGAGUUGAGUUGAUGCCAAAGAGCUCAAUUUUGGUCUCAUCUGACCACAACACUUUCACCCAGUUCUCCUCUGAAUCAUUCAGAUGUUCAUUGGCAAACUUCAGACGGCCCUGUAUAUGUGCUUUCUUGAGCAGGGGGACCUUGCGGGCGCUGCAGGAUUUCAGUCCUUUACGGCGUAGUGUGUUACCAAUUGUUUUCUUGGUGACUAUGGUCCCAGCUGCCUUGAAAUCAUUGACAAGAUCCUCCCGUGUAGUUCUGGGCUGAUUCCUCACCGUUCUCAUGAUCAUUGCAACUCCACGAGAUGAGAUCUUGCAUGGAGCCCCAGGCUGAGGGAGAUUGACAGUUAUUUUGUGUUUCUUCCAUUUGCGAAUAAUCGCACCAACUGUUGUCACCUUCUCACCAAGCUGCUUGGCGAUGGUCUUGUAGCCCAUUCCAGCCUUGUGUAGGUCUACAAUCUUGUCCCUGACAUCCUUGGAGAGCUCUUUGGUCUUGGCCAUGGUGGAGAGUUUGGAAUCUGAUUGAUUGAUUGCUUCUGUGGACAGGUGUCUUUUAUACAGGUAACAAACUGAGAUUAGGAGCACUCCCUUUAAGAGUGUGCUCUAAUCUCAGCUCGUUACCUAUAUAAACGACACCUGGGAGCCAGAAAUCUUUCUGAUUUGAGAGGGGGUCAAAUAAUUAUUUCCCUCAUUAAAAUGCAAAUCAAUUUAUAACAUUUUUGACAUGCGUUUUUCUGGAUUUUUUUGGUUGUUAUUCUGUCUCUCACUGUUCAAAUAAACCUACCAUUAAAAUUAUAGACUGAUCAUUUAUUUGUCAGUGGGCAAACGUACAAAAUCAGCAGGGGAUCAAAUACUUUUUUCCCUCACUGUGUAUAUAUACAGUGGGGAGAACAAGUAUUUGAUACACUGCCGAUUUUGCAGGUUUUCCUACUUACAAAGCAUGUAGAGGUCUGUAAAAUUUAUCAUAGGUACACUUCAACAGUGAGAGACGGAAUCUAAAACAAAAAUCCAGAAAAUCACAUUGUAUGAUUUUUAAGUAAUUAAUUUGCAUUUUAUUGCAUGACAUAAGUAUUUGAUACAUCAGAAAAGCAGAACUUAAUAUUUGGUACAGAAACCUUUGUUUGCAAUUACAGAGAUCAUACGUUUCCUGUAGGUCUUGACCAGGUUUGCACACACUGCAGCAGGGAUUUUGGCCCACUCCUCCAUACAGAACUUCUCCAGAUCCUUCAGGUUUCGGGGCUGUCGCUGGGCAAUACGGACUUUCAGCUCCCUCCAAAGAUAUUCUGUUGGGUUCAGGUCUGGAGACUGGCUAGGCCCUCCAGGACCUUGAGAUGCUUCUUACGGAGCCACUCCUUAGUUGCCCUGGUUGUGUGUUUCGGGUCGUUGUCAUGCUGGAAGACCCAGCCACGACCCAUCUUCAAUGCUCUUACUGAGGGAAGGAGGUUGUUGGCCAAGAUCUCACGAUACAUGGCCCCAUCCAUCCUCCCCUCAAUACGGUGCAGUCGUCCUGUCCCCUUUGCAGAAAAGCAUCCCCAAAUAAUGAUGUUUCCACCUCCAUGCUUCACGGUUGGGAUGGUGUUCUUGGGGUUGUACUCAUCCUUCUUCUUCCUCCAAACACGGCGAGUGGAGUUUAGACCAAAAAGCUAUAUUUUUGUCUCAUCAGACCACAUGACCUUCUCCCAUUCCUCCUCUGGAUCAUCCAGAUGGUCAUUGGCAAACUUCAGACGAGCCUGGACAUGCGCUGGCUUGAGCAGGGGGACCUUGCGUGCGCUGCAGGAUUUUAAUCCAUGACGGCGUAGUGUGUUACUAAUGGUUUUCUUUGAGACUGUGGUCCCAGCUCUCUUCAGGUCAUUGACCAGGUCCUGCCGUGUAGUUCUGGGCUGAUCCCUCACCUUCCUCAUGAUCAUUGAUGCCCCACGAGGUGAGAUCUUGCAUGGAGCCCCAGACCGAGGGUGAUUGACCGUCAUCUUGAACUUCUUCCAUUUUCUAAUAAUUGCGCCAACAGUUGUUGCCUUCUCACCAAGCUGCUUGCCUAUUGUCCUGUAGCCCAUCCCAGCCUUGUGCAGGUCUACAAUUUUAUCCCUGAUGUCCUUACACAGCUCUCUGGUCUUGGCCAUUGUGGAGAGGUUGGAGUCUGUUUGAUUGAGUGUGUGGACAGGUGUCUUUUUAUACAGGUAUCGAGUUCAAACAGGUGCAGUUAAUACAGGUAAUGAGUGGAGAACAAGAGGGCUUCUUAAAGAAAAACUAACAGGUCUGUGAGAGCCGGAAUUCUUACUGGUUGGUAGGUGAUCAAUUAUGUCAUGCAAUAAAAUGCAAAUUAAUUACUUAAAAAUCAUACAAUAUGAUUUUCUGGAUUUUUGUUUUAGAUUCCGUCUCUCACGGUUGAAGUGUACCUAUGAUAAAAAUUACAGACCUCUACAUGCUUUGUAAGUAGGAAAACCUGCAAAAUCGGCAGUGUAUCAAAUACUUGUUCUCCCCACUGUAUAUAUGUAUAUAUGUAUAUAUAUGUAUGUAUGUGUAUAUAUGUAUGUGUAAAUAUAUACAUGUAUGUGUAAAUAUAUACAUAUACAGUGGGGAAAAAAAGUAUUUAGUCAGCCACCAAUUGUGCAAGUUCUCCCACUUAAAAAGAUGAGAGAGGCCUGUAAUUUUCAUCAUAGGUACACGUCAACUAUGACAGACAAAAUGAGAAAAAAUAAUCCAGAAAAUCACAUUGUAGGAUUUUUAAUGAAUUUAUUUGCAAAUGAUGGUGGAAAAUAAGUAUUUGGUCAAUAACAAAAGUUUCUCAAUACUUUGUUAUAUACCCUUUGUUGGCAAUGACACAGGUCAAACGUUUUCUGUAAGUCUUCACAAGGUUUUCACACACUGUUGCUGGUAUUUUGGCCCAUUCCUCCAUGCAGAUCUCCUCUAGAGCAGUGAUGUUUUGGGGCUGUCGCUGGGCAACACGGACUUUCAACUCCCUCCAAAGAUUUUCUAUGGGGUUAAGAUCUGGAGACUGGCUAGGCCACUCCAGGACCUUGAAAUGCUUCUUACGAAGCCACUCCUUCGUUGCCCGGGCGGUGUGUUUGGGAUCAUUGUCAUGCUGAAAGACCCAGCCACGUUUCAUCUUCAAUACCCUUGCUGAUGGAAGGAGGUUUUCACUCAAAAUCUCACGAUACAUGGCCCCAUUCAUUCUUUCCUUUACACGGAUCAGUCGUCCUGGUCCCUAUGCAGAAAAACAGCCCCAAAGCAUGAUGUUUCCACCCCCAUGCUUCACAGUAGGUAUGGUGUUCUUUGGAUGCAACUCAGCAUUCUUUGUCCUCCAAACACGACAAGUUGAGUUUUUACCAAAAAGUUCUAUUUUGGUUUCAUCUGACCAUAUGACAUUCUCCCAAUCCUCUUCUGGAUCAUCCAAAUUCACUCUAGCAAACUUCAGACGGGCCUGGACAUGUACUGGCUUAAGCAGGGGGAUACGUCUGCACUGCAGGAUUUGAGUCCCUGGCGGCGUAGUGUGUUUCUGAUGGUAGGCUUUGUUACUUUGGUCCCAGCUCUCUGCAAGUCAUUCACUAGGUCCCCCCGUGUUGUUCUGGGAUUUUUGCUCACCGUUCUUGUGAUCAUUUUGACCCCAUGGGGUGAGAUCUUGCGUGGAGCCCCAGAUCGAGGGAGAUUAUCAGUGGUCUUGUAUGUCUUCCAUUUCCUAAUAAUUGCUCCCACAGUUGAUUUCUUCAAACCAAGCUGCUUACCUAUUGCAGAUUCAGUCUUUCCAGCCUGGUGCAGGUCUACAAUUUUGUUUCUGGUGUCCUUUGACAGCUCUUUGGUCUUGGCCAUAGUGGAGUUUGGAGUGUGACUGUUUGAGGUUGUGGACAGGUGUCUUUUAUACUGAUAACAAGUUCAAACAGGUGCCAUUAAUACAGGUAACGAGUGGAGGACAGAGGAGCCUCUUAAAGAAGAAGUUACAGGUCUGUGAGAGCCAGAAAUCUUGCUUGUUUGUAGGUGACCAAAUACUUAUUUUCCACCAUAAUUUGCAAAUAAAUUCAUAAAAAAUCCUACAAUGUGAUUUUCUGGAUUUUUUUUUCUCAAUUUGUCUGUCAUAGUUGACGUGUACCUAUGAUGAACAUUACAGGUUUCUCUCAUCUUUUUAAGUGGGAGAACUUGCACAAUUGGUGGCUGACUAAAUACUUUUUUUCCCCACUGUAUGUGCAAAUAUAUACACAUGUAUAUUUAUAUAUACACAUAUACACAAAUGUGUGUGUGUGUGUAUAUAUGUAUAUUUAUAUAUACAUAUAUACACAAAUGUGUGUGUGUGUGUAUAUGUAUAUAUAUGUAUGUACAGUUGAAGUUGGAAGUUUACAUAUACCUCAGCCAAAUACAUUUAAACUCAGUUUUUCACAAUUCCUGACAUUUAAUCCUAGUAAAAGUUCCCUGUCUUAGGUCAGUUAGGAUCACCACUUUAUUUUAAGAAUGUGAAAUGUGAGAAUUUUUUUUUUUUUUUUUUUUUUUUAGUAGAGAUUUAUUUCAGCUUUUAUUUCUUUCAUCACAUUCCCAGUGGGUCCGAAGUUUACAUUCACUCAAUUAGUAUUUGGUAGCGUUGCCUUUAAUUUGUUUAACUUGGGUCAAAUGUUUCGGGUAGCAAUCCACAAGCUUCCCACAAUAAGUUGGGUGAAUUUUGGCCCAUUCCUCCUGACAGAGCUGGUGUAACUGAGUCAGGUUUGUAGGCCUCCUUGCUCGCACACGCCUUUUCAGUUCUGCCCACACAUUUUCUAUAGGAUUGAGGUCAGGGCUUUGUGAUGGCCACUCCAAUACCUUGACUUUGUUGUCCUUAAGCCAUUUUGCCACAACUUUGGAAGUAUGCUUGGGGUCAUUGUCCAUUUGGAAGACCCAUUUGCGACCAAGCUUUAACUUCCUGACUGAUGUCUUGAGAUGUUGCUUCAAUAUAGCCACAUCAUUUUCCUUCCUCAUUAUGCCAUCUAUUUUGUGAAGUGCACCUGUUCCUCCUGCAGCAAAGCACCCCCACAGCAUGAUGCUGCCACCCCCAUGCUUCACGGUUGGGAUGGUGUUCUUCGGCUUGCAAGCAACCCCCUUUUUCCUCCAAACAUAACGAUGGUCAUUAUGGCCAAACAGUUCUAUUUUUGCUUCAUCAGACCAGAGGACAUUUCUCCAAAAAGUAAGAUCUUUGUCCCCAUGUGCAGUUGUAAACCGUAGUCUGGCUUUUUUAUGCCGUUUUUGGAGCAGUUGCUUCUUCCUUGCUGAGCAGCCUUUCAGGUUAUGUCGAUAUAGGUCUCGUUUUACUGUGGAUAUACAUACUUUUGUACCUGUUUCCUCCAUCAUCUUCACAAGGUCCUUUGCUGUUGUUCUGGGAUUGAUUUGCACUUUUUUAGCACCAAAGUACGUUCAUCUCUAGGAGACAGAACGCGUCUCCUUCCUGAGCAGUAUGACGGCUGCGUGGUCCUAUGGUGUUUAUACUUGCGUACUAUUGUUUGUACAGAUGAACGUGGUACCUUCAGGGAUUUAGAAAUUGCUCCCAAGGAUGAACCAGACUUGUGGAGGUCUGAUGGCUGGUUUAUUUUGAUUUUCCCAUGAUGUCAAGCAAAGAGGCACUUAGUUUGAAGGUAGGCCUUGAAAUACAUCCACAGGUAUACCUCCAAUUGACUCAAAUGACGUCAGAAGCUUCUAAAGCCAUGACAUCAUUUUCUGGAAUUUUCCAAGCACAGUCAACUUAGUGUAUGUAAACUUCUGAUCCACUGGAAUUGUGAUAUAGUGAAUUAUAAGUGAAAUCUGUCUGUAAACAAUUGUUGGAAAAAUUGCACAAAGUAGAUGUCUUAACCGACUUGCCAAAACUAUAAUUUGUUAACAAGAAAUUUGUGGAGUGGUUAAAAAAUGAGUUCUAAUUAAAUAUAGUCAUUGACAAGGUUAGAAAUAAUGAUUUUUUUAAUAGAAAUAAUAAUUGUGUCCUUCAAACUUUGCUUUUGUCAAAGAAUCCUCCAUUUGCAGCAAUUGCAGCCUUGCAGACCUUUGGCAUUCCAGUUGUCAAGGUAAUCUGAAGAGAUUUAACCCCAUGCUUCCUGAAGCACCUCCCACAAGUUUGAUUGGCUUGAUGGGCACUUCUUACGUACCAUACGGUCAAGCUGCUUCCACAACAGCUCAAUAGGGUUGAGAUCCGGUGACUGUGCUGGCCACUCCAUUAUAGACAGAAUACCUGCUGACUGCUUCUUCCCUAAAUAGUUAUUGUAUAGUUUGGAGCUGUGCUUUGGGUCAUUAUCCUGUUGUAGGAGGAAAUUGGCUCCAAUCAAGCGCCGUCCACAGGGUAUGGCAUGGCGUUGCAAAAUGGAGAGAUAGCCUUCCCUCUUCAAGAUCCCUUUUACCCUGUACAAAUCUCUCACUUUACCACCACCAAAGCACCCCAGACCAUCACAUUGCCUCCACCAUGCUUGACAGAUGGCAUCAAGCACUCCUCCAGCAUCUUUUCAUUUGGUCUGCGUCUCACAAAUGUUCUACUUUGUGAUCCGAACACCUCAAACUUCGAUUUGUCUGUCUAUAACACUUUUUUCCAAUCUGCCUCUGUCCAGUGUCUGUGUUCUUUUGCCCAUCUUAAUAUUUUAUUUUUAUUGGGCAGUCUGAGAUAUGGCUUUUUCUUUGCAACUCUGCCUAGGUCAGCAUCCCGGAGUCGCCUCUUCACUGUUGACGUUGAGACUGGUGUUUUGCGGGUACCAAUAAAUGAAGCUGCCAGUUGAGGACCUGUGAGGCGUCUGUUUCUCAAACUAGACACUCUAAUGUAUUUGUCCUCUUGCUCAGUUGUCCAGCAGGGCCUCCCACUCCUCUUUCUAUUCUGGUUAGAACCAGUUUGCACUGUUCUGUGAAGGGAGUAGUACACAGCAUUGUACGAGAUCUUCAGUUUCUUGGAAAUUUCUCGCAUGGAAUAGCCUUCAUUUCUCAGAACAAGAAUAGACUGAUGAGUUUCAGAAGAAAGUUAUGUGUUUCUGGCCAUAUUGAUCCUGUAAUAGAACCCACAAUUGCUGAUGCUCCAGAUACUCAACUAGUCUCAAGAAGGCCAGUUUUAUUUCUGCUAUAAUCAGCACAACAGUUUUCAGCUGUGCUAACAUAAUUGCAAAAGGGUUUUCUAAUGAUCAAUUAGCCUUUUAAAAUGAUAAACUUGGAUUAGCAAACACAACGUGCCAUUGGAACACAGGACUGAUGGUUGCUGAUAAUGGGCCUUUGUAUGCCUAUGUAGAUAUUCCAUAAAAAAUCAGCCGUUUCCAGCUACAAUAGCCAUUUACAGCAUUAACAAUGUCUACACUGUAUUUCUGAUCAAUUUGAUGUUAUUUUAAUGGACAAAACAUUUGCUUUUCUUUAGAAAACAAGGUCAUUUCUAAGUGAUCCCAAACUUUUUAACGGUUGUGUGUGUGUGUGUGUAUGUAUGUGUGUAUAUAUAUGUGUGUGUAUAUAUAUAUAUAUAUAUAUAUUAUAUUAUAUUAUAUUAUAUAUUAUAUUAUAUUGUGCCUUGCAAAAGUAUUCAUCCCCUUGGCGUUUUUCCUCUUUUGUUGCAUUACAACCUGUAAUUUUAAAUUGAUUUUUAUUUGGAUUUCAUGUAAUGGACAUACACAAAGUAGUCCAAAUUGAAGAAGGGGAAUGAAAAAAAUAACUUGUUUCAAAAAAUUCUAAAUAAUAAAUAAUGGAAAAGUGGUGCGUGCAUAUGUAUUCACCCCCUUUGCUAUGAAGCUCCUAAAAUAAGAUCUGGUGCAACUAAUUACCUUCAGAAGUCACAUAAUUAGUUAAAUAAAGUCUACCGCUGUGCAAUCUUAGUGUCACAUGAUCUCAGUGUAUAUAUACACCUGUUCUGAAAGGCCCCAGAGUCUGCAACACCACUAAGCAAAGGGGCACCACCAAGCAAGCGGCACCAUGAAGACCAAGGAGCUCUCCAAACAGGUCAGGGACAAAGUUGUGGAGAAGUACAGAUCAUGGUUGGGUUAUAAAAAAAAUAUCCGAAACUUUGAACAUCCCACGGAGCACCAUUUUAAAUCCAUUAUUAAAAAAUUUAAAGAAUAUGGCACCACAACAAACCUGCCAAGAGAGGGCCGCCCACCAAAACUCAUGGACCAGGCAAGGAGGGCAUUAAUCAUUGAGGCAACAAAGACACCAAAGAUGACCCUACUAUAGCUCAGUUGGUAGAGCAUGAGGUUGUGGGUUCUAUUCCCACAGGGGGCCAGUAUGAAAAAUGUAUGCACUCACUAACUGUAAGUCGCUCUGGAGAAGAGCGUCUGCUAAAUGACUAAAAUGUAAAAAAUGACCCUGAAGGAGCUGCAAAGCUCCACAGCGGAGAUUGGCUUAUCUGUCCAUUGGACCACUUGAAGCCGUACACUCCACAGAGCUGGGCUUUACGGAAGAGUGGCCAGAAAAAAGCCAUUGCUUAAAGAAAAAAAUAAGCAAACACGUUUGGUGUUCACCAAAAGGCAUGUGGGAGACUCCACAAACAUAUUGAAGAAGGUACUCUGGUCAGAUGAGACUAAAAUUGAGCUUUUUGGCCAUCAAGGAAAAUGGUAUGUCUGGCGCAAACCCAACACCUCUCAUCACCCCGAGAACACCAUCCCCACAGUGAAGCAUGGUGGUGACAGCAUCAUGCUGUGGGAUGUUUUUCAUCGGCAGGGACUGGGAAACUGGUCAGAAUUGAAGGAAUGAUGGAUGGUGCUAAAUACAGGGAAAUUCUUGCGGGAAACCUGGUUGUCUUCCAGAGAUUUGAGACUGGAAUGGAGGUUCACCUUCUAGCAGGACAAUGACCCUAAGCAUACUGCUAAAGCAACACUCGAGUGGUUUAAGGGGAAACAUUGAAAUGUCUUGGAAUGGCCUAGUCAAAGCACAGACCUCAAUCCAAUUGAGAAUCUGUGGUAUGACUUAAAGAUUGCUGUACACCAGCAGAUCCUAUCCAACUUGAAGGAGCUGGAGCAGUUUUGCCUUGAAGAAUGGGCAAAAAUGCCAGUGGCUAGAAGUGCCAAGCUUAAUUUGUACAAAAGGUGGCUCUACAAAGUAUUAACUUUUGGGGGGUGAAUAGUUAUGCAAGCUCUAGUUUUCUGUUUUUUUGUCUUCUUUCUUGUUUGUUUCACCCCAAAAAAUAUUUUGCAUCUUCAAAGUGGUAGGCAUGUUAUGUAAAUCAAAUGAUACAAGCCCCCCCAAAAUCUAUUUUUAUUCCAGGUUGUAAGGCAACAAAAUAGGAAAAAUGCCAAGGGGGGGUGGGGGGGGGUGAAUACUUUCGCAAGCCACUGUGUAUAUGUAUGUUGUUUUUGUUUACUUUUUAACUAUCUUUCUCCCCAAUUUCGUGAUAUCCAAUUGGUAGUUAGUCUUGUCCCAUUGCUGCAACUCCCGUAGGGACUCGGGAGAGGCGAAGGUCGAGAGGCAUGCGUCCUCCAACACACGACCCUGCCAAGCCACACUGCUUCUUGACACACUGCUCGCUUAACCCAGAAGCCAACCGCACCAAUGUGUCGGACGAAACACCGUACAACUGGCGACCGUGUCAGCGUGCAUGCGCACGGCCCGCCACCGGAGUCGCUAGAGCGUGAUGGGACAAGGACAUCCUUGCUGGCCAAACCCUCCCCUAACCCGGACGAUGCUGGGCCAAUUGUGCGCCGCCUCAUUGAUCUCCCGGUCGCGGCCGGCUGCGACACAGCCUGGGAUCGAACCCGGAUCUGUAGUGAAGCCUCAAGCACUGAGAUGCAGUGCCUUAGACCGCUGCGCCACUCGGGAGGCCCCCGGGCAGGUGUUAUUACACGUGGUCUGCGGUUGUGAGGCCUGUUAGACGUACUGCCAAAUUCUCUAAAAUGACGUUGUAGGCGGGUUAUGGUAGAGAAAUUAACAUUCAAUGCUCUGCUGACAGCUCUGGUGGACAUUCUUGCAGUCAGCAUGCCAAUUGUGUGCUCCCUCAAAAUUGAGACAUCUGUGACAUUGUGUUGUGACUGCAGGUAUUUACUUAAAUAAUAGCAACAAAUAUUACGUUUUGAAAAAUUUCAAAUCGUUUUGAUGGUAUUGAAAAACCAUUCCUUGGCUAUUUCCAAAUACCCCAGUAUACAAUAUACCAUCCAAGCCUAGUGAAUAUACCCCAUGUAUGGUCUAGGGACAAUUUUCCACAGGACUAGGAAAAUUCUGCAGCCUAGUUAUAAGUUAUAGGUGAGGCACAGAGUGGUCAGGUGGUCACAGAGUGGUCCUGGUCAGGUGGUCACAGUCAGGAAUAACUCCUGUCCCUAGUGGUGAUGCUUGUCCUUCCAUCAACCAGGCCAACAACCUGCCCCUAAGGGGAGCUGUCUGCACUCUCUUAUUUCCUUAUAGAGCGGCUUAGAAUAGAGAGUAGAGCGUCUUAGCCUCCCUCCCCUCAUUGUAAGCUUUCUGCAGCAUUGUCUCAGCGACUGUGUGAGCGCAAGUGUGCGCGUGUGUCAGUGCGGUGAGGGCUGGCCAGGUGCCCCAGUGCCUUUCAGUGGAGUUAUUGCGUAAAGGCCCAGUGCAGUCAAACUUGAUUUUCUUGUUAUUUAUAUAUAUUUCCACAUUCUGAUAUUGGAAUAAUACUGUGAAAUUGUGACGAUGAUGAUCAUGCCCUUUUAGUUGAAGAGCUGUUUGAAAAGACCGCCUGAUAUUUCAGCUUGUUUUGCAUUGGUGGAGUUUUGGCCCACCUCGUGGUACAAGUUAAUAGACCAAUAACAGAGUUUCAAACCUCUCUGGCAAUAACAGCUACAUUUCAGGUUACAUAUCCCUCCCAUUAGGCUCCUCCAUUUAGGCCCCUCACUCAGACCGCUCCCAGACAGACCUAGCAUAAUUCUUGCUUGAGAAAUCUCUUUGCCAAGAAGCUAUUUUUGUUUCUUUUUUACAAUUUUAAUUUAAAACAAUCACAGUAAGGUACUUAGUUGUUACCCAGAAAUGAUUUGAUAUUUAUAUAAAAACUGCUGCAUUGGACCUUUUUUAAAGCACAGUCUGCUGGGCCAAGUGAUCCUCCCGCCAGGACAAGAGACGUUCUGUGACUCCCAAAGGACCACACAUUAAUAUUUAUGCCCCAAGUAUUGGAGUACCGCAGUUGGCAAUGAAACAAACACACACACACACCACUCUUGUGUGUGCAGGUAAUGAGGCAGUGCACUGGAUGAACUCAAAAUACAAGAACACACUGACAGUGCUACAUUGUGUGUUUGUAGGUGAACGGGCAGUGUGCUGGACACACAGCCAUGCAGGCGGCCAGUCAGAACGGUCACGUGGACGUCCUCAAGCUGCUGCUGAAACACAACGUGGACCUGGAGGCUGAGGUUUGUACAUCCAACAGUCCCUCCUCAAUACUAACAUCUAUACUGUAGCCCUCACUAUAGUCCCUUUUCAAUACUUAUAUAUUUAAACCCUCCCCAAUACCAAGGUCAAUAGUGCGAGGACUGAUAUCCCUAGACACUUUAUCAGGGCUGUUCAAUUCCAGUCCUGGAGGGCGAAAUGCUUCUUUCUUUGCUUCUUUUAUCUGGCAGUUAAUUACACUCUGGUGUCCCAGGUCUGAAUUAGUCCCUUAUUAGGAGAGGAUGAACACCAGAAGUGUUUCUUUCCAGGAUCGACAUUGAACAGCCGUGCUCUAGUGAAACCAAUUCCUCUAUUUCUUUCAUACCCAGUCUAUCUAUACAGGUCUCAAUUCAUACUCUUAAAAAGCUGACUGUCAGUCGUAGUUGGAUGCUCACUGUGGUGUAAACAGUGGAGACAUUGGGUCAGUGUGUCGGUCUGUAUAUAAUAUCCCUCCCAGGACAAGGAUGGAGACCGGGCGGUGCACCACGCAUCCUUCGGAGACGAGGGCUCUGUGAUCGAGGUGCUGCAGAGGGGCGGGGCCGACCUGAACGCCAGGAACAAGCGCAGACAGACCCCCCUGCACAUCGCUGUCAACAAGGGCCAUCUGCAGGUGGUCAAGACCCUGCUGGACUUUGGCUGCCACCCCAGCCUCCAGGUAACCACUAUGAACACAUGCACACACACCACACACACACACCUCCAUUUCACACAUGUGAAUAAUGCACACGUGAAUAAUACACACUUGUAUAUUUUGUGAAACAGGACAAAUACAAUAUAAGCAUCGAUUCUAACCAAAACAUUUUGGUGGCUCUGCGAUCAAGGGUUUAGGUGAAAUGUAUUUGUCUCCUUCACAUAACCAGUAUAGGCCUAUAUUGUUAGUGAUAGCAUUUUGAUUUGAUAAUGGUGGUUCCUGCUUGAAGUUGUGGUGACUGUAUGUAUGUCACCCCCCUACAGGACUCCGAGGGAGACACGCCCCUGCAUGAUGCCAUCAGUAAGAAGAGGGACGACAUGCUGUCUGUGCUGCUGGAGGCGGGAGCUGACGUCACCAUCACCAAUAACAAUGGAUUCAACGCCCUACACCACGCCGCCCUGCGAGGGAACCCCAGGUACGACCCUGAUAAUCACCUGACCCUAACUGCCAAGCCAGGGCUAGUGAUGAAAAAGAUAGAAAAACUUUAUUCUUCACACAAUGUGGAAAUCUGCCUUUGGCGUCACAGGAAACUGGCCUCCAUACAGUUAGACUUGUGGUUUGCAAAGUUGAAGAUGUGUUUCAAACAGGUUUUAUUCUCAUUGAGUACAAAUUAACAAAUUGAAUGGUACUGCUGGUAAAUGGCUUAUGACCACACUUAACUCUUAUUGCUUUUGCGGUUGAUGAGUUUGUUUCUUUCUGUGCUAGGCUAGCCUACAUCCUAUCCUACAUCCUAAACUAUAUCCUAGCCUACGUCCUAACCUACAUCCUAGUCUACAGCGUACAUCCAAGCCUAUAG